GUCCGGUAAAGCUUAACCCUGAGGAAGACGAAUGAUUCCAAACAGAGAGAGGACAGCGUGAGACAAGCGCCCCCCAAAUUAUCAAGGAGGAUCAACCUGCUCUCUGCAAAUUUCCAGUUCUAGAACAAGGCGAUACAUUUCGUCGCUGUUUGGAUGAAUCAGCGGGUAUUCCCAAGAAAGUGUCAUAGCGGGAUCCACUGAAUCGUUCAAACCAGGAGGAAUGUCCCGAAGGAAGCAGAGCAACCCGCGGCAGUUCAAACGGGCGUUGGAGAAUGGCCUGGACGGGGAGCAGGACCAGGAGUCCAGCCUGUCUGGCCCCCAGGACGAGCUGGCUAGCGGAGAGCUGUCGGGCGAGGGAAGCCCCGCGCACAGCAGCAGCAGCAGCAGCGGAGACCCGGAGAACCUCUCCGUGAAGGACAGGGAGGUGACCGGCAGCCAUGCUGGCGAGGACGGAGAGAAGGAUUCAGAGGAACAAGACGCGCAGGCUCGAAGCAGCCCCACGGGAUCACAGAAGUGGGACGGACCAAGAGAGCUGGAGGUGGUGGUUGAGGGUGCGGAGCGGAGGGUGUGCUGCACUCAGGCACUUCCUCUGGGCACCACAUGGGGUCCUUUCCCAGGCCAGAUGGAGAGGACCACACCAGGAAGUGAUGCGGUCCCUGUGGUGCUGAGUGGGGGUCCCAGAUGGCUCAUGGACGUGAAUUGGCAGCCGGCCGAGGACAGCAAGAACAACUGCAUCGUUUACAGCAAAGGUGCCCAGCUGUGGUGCACCACCACCAAGCCCCUGGUGGAGGGGGAGGUGUUGCAGGCCUGCCCCCUGGACGCCUCCCUGCAGCCCCUCUCCCCAGGCGGAGGAGGAGGAGGGGGCCCAGCCUCUGCCCUCACCCCGGCCCAGGCGUCAGCCCUCACCCCCGCCGGAGAGGGCAUGUACCCCGCACGCCUCCUGGACUCCAUCCAGCUGCUUCCCCAGCAGGCCGCCAUGGCUGCCAUCCUCCCCAACGCCAUCGUCAACAAGGACAUCUUCCCCUGCAAGGCGUGUGGCAUCUGGUUCCGCAGCGAGAGGAACCUGCAGGCCCACCUCAUGUACUACUGUAGCGGGCGCCUGAGGGAGGCAGACACCACCACCACCACCACCACCAUGCUGGGACUGACCAGCGCGGAGCAGCACAGGACCAGUAGCAAGAGCACAGGCAGCCAUGUUGGCCCCCGGCCCUGCCCUUUCCCACAGUGCACCAUGAGCUUCACCGGCACACACGCCCUGGAGAUGCACCUGCUCACACACAACAGUGCUCGGGCAGAGGACUCGAUGUCCGGCGGCGUGGGCGGUCUGAAGUGCACCAUCUGCAGCCACACGGCCGACACACUGACGAGCCUCCAGCAGCACAUCCUGUCUCACCUGGCACAGGUGGGCGCCCGCUGCGAGCACUGCAACUUCUGCUUCCAGACGCCCGCCGAGCUGGCCCGCCACCAGGACAUGCACGGCCACGGCGGCCCCGUCAAGGUGCCCCGCGACGGGGACGCCGCCCACCGCCUCUUGUCCUCCUCCUCCUCCUCCUCCAGCACGGUGAGCCCACAGGCGGGCCACAAACCAGAGAACCCCUUCCGGAAGGAGUCUCGCCAGAGCCCGGGUCGUAGCAAGGGGACCGGCGGCGGUGGCGGUGGUGGUGUUGGAGUGGAGUCCGUUGGUGGCAUGGAGCGCGAACAAUCCACCAUGACGGAGAGCCACGCGGGAAGCCACCAGGCCAGCUUCUCCUACACCCGGGUCAAGUCGGAGCCCUCCAGCCCCCGCCAGGCCUCGUCCCCGGUGCAGCCCAACAUCACGCCGGCCUUCCCGUCCAUGGGGCCCUUCAUGGGGCCGCCGCCGCCGCACGUCCCCUUCCCGCAAGACCUGGCCGGCGCUCCGCAGGCCUCCGAGAUCCUGGCCAAGAUGUCGGAGCUGGUGCACCGCAGGUUGCGCCACGGUGGUGGUGGCAACGGUACGGGUGUCAACGGCGGUGGUGGUGGCAACACCGGCGGCGGCGGCUACCCUCCCAUGGUGUACAGCAACCUGGUGCCCAAGGGCGCCACCUGCUUCGAGUGCAACAUCUCCUUCAGCAACCUGGACAACUACCUGGUGCACAAGAAGCACUACUGCAACAGCCGCUGGCAGCAGCAGAUGGCCAAGCAGCAGCAGCAGCAGCACCACGAGUACAGUAGCCUCCUGGACCAGGUGGCGGCCGCCGCAGCAGCAGCAGCAGCAGCAGCCGGCGCCGGCACGGACGCCGCCGGGAGCCCCAGGAACGGGAGCAGUCUGGUGGGCAUGCUCAGCAGCGCCGGCCACCCGCCCGAGCUCAAAGCUCCUCACCACCACCACCAGCAGCAGCAGCAUCAGCACCAGGUGUUGGAACCGGGCCGCUUGCCCUCGUCCGUGUUUGAUCCGUUCCAGGUCGGGGUCGUCGGUGGCGGUGGCGUCGGCAAGCUGCCGGACGACCUUUCGCCUCAGGGUAAAAAGGCCUCCACUCCCACCACCACCAGCAUCGCACCAGAGGAGAUCAGGCAGAACGGGAUCCAGGGGUCCGACAUGAAGAGCCCGGUGUCGCCCGUGAAGAGUGAGCUGCACCCCGGCAUCAGCAGCACCACGUGCGACGCCUGCAACAUCACCUUCAGCCGCCACGAGACGUACAUGGUGCACAAGCAGUACUACUGCGCCACCCGCCACGACCCGCCCAUGAAGCGCGCCAACGCCAUGAAGGGGCCCGGCGGCGCCCAGAAGGCCGUGCGGGCGCGCAAGCGGAGAAAGGCGUACGAGAUCAAUGCCGCCGGCGCCGAUCAGGACCACCACCACCACAUGAUGCCGCCGCACAUGGCCAUGCCGCCCCCGCCUUUCCUGGGCAUCCCCGCGCUCGGCAACCCUUGCCUCACCCCCCAGCAGGCCAUGGAGACGUUCCGCGAUCAGUUCCACAUGCGCUACAGCCUGUACCACCCGAGCAUGGUCCCCAAGCACCCGGAGGCGUCCCUCACCGUCGCCAAGUCGGCCCUGGUGUCCAAGUGCAACGCCGUCGUCUCCAGCAGCAGGGAGGAUCUGGACGCCCCCAUAGACCUGAGUAAGAAGUGUCUCCCCCCACCUCCACCUCCGCCGCCACCACCAACACAGUUCAACAAGCUCUCACAGCAGUCCCCCACCAGCCUCAUGGACUACCACGAGUGCUCGGUGUGCAAGAUCAGCUUCAACAAGGUGCAGGACUACCUCGCCCACAAGCAGAACUUCUGUCCCGGCGCCUCGGUGGACAGCAAACUGCUGCUGGACAUCAAGAAGGAGGGCGGCAACCACCAGUCAGCGGUCAGCCCCAGCAGGAGCCUGGAGGUCACGUACAACAACAACAAAGCCGGGUCACCCGAGAUCGCAGCUCCUCAAAACGCCCGCGUCCAGGCUGCGAAAGGCGUCAGCCAUCAGAACGCUGCUGACGGGAACGAGAUCGCACCGACGGCGACGAAGGAGGACUCUAAGGACACAUCGCUCGUGUCCACCGGCGGAUAUCCGGGGACGGUGAAAAAGAUGCGGCCGGACGAACAGAUCUGGCCCUAUUACGAAAUCAAAGCCGCCGACUACCCCUCCGGCAUGCUGAUGAUGCCCAGCGACCAGAGGGAGCCGCACAGGAAGAGCCCGAACGAAGGCAGCGAGGGGGAGCCGAAAGACCAGCCGGCUCCAGCUCCAACACCGGUCCCUGGCCGGGACCAGACCCAGAGCCCUACUAAGAAUAACAACGACAACAAGACGCUAGACAUGAAUGGCUACCACAAGUCCGAGGAGGAGAAACCAUCCGAGGAUUCCGAGAAGCGAAACGGCUCGCCAUCAAGAGAGGAGCCAUCCACUACAUCUGAGCCAGAGAGUCCUGUCCGUCCCGGGGACACCGCGGCGGCGUCUCCCCCGCCUCUCGCGCCAUCCAAGACGGAGGAGGUGGCGCUGCCGGUGACCCCAGGGGCGAAGAGGGGGGCCAACGGGUCCAUCUCCUCGGGCAAUGUGAAGUACUGUCGCCCCUGUGACAUCCAGUUCAACAACCUGUCCAAUUUUAUCACGCACAAGAAAUUCUACUGCUCGUCUCACACGGCUGAGCAUGUGAAAUGACUUUCGGGAGCGGUGACUUGUGACACCCCCACCUAAC